AUGUCACGUUUUGAUCUCGAAGAGCUCGACAAACCAAGGGUGUACUUCCACGACAUCGACCUAGAAUUCUGCAACGAUUUUCUCGAUUUCAUUGCCAAUAUUCGAAGGAUGGUCAUCAACAAGAAGGCCGUGUUACUAAAUGUAUUGCGUCUCCUUUUGGCCGACUGGGCUGUCGAACACCCGGGUAUCAGCUCUCAGGCAGACCCUAUCUGGUUGACCCUUGAGAAUGAUUUGAACAAGUAUCUUCUCACCACAAGGUUCCCAACACUUAAUUUUGCUCCUGUAGAAGACAGAGAUGCCUGGGGAUGGCAGCCUAUGCGGGUAGAGCAGCUCAAGCAAGAGGAAGAGGGUAGCCCAGAUCCCCAUCAUGUUUUCAUCCGGCUUGAUUUGGCAGUGGGCUUGAAUAAUCUAAUAAUAGAGGUGCAGACCAACCCCCUAGUCAAGACCCACCUUACUGAUGCCAAAAUGAUGAUGGUAGCAACAAUUGUGCAUGAGCUUGGACACAACUUAGUGACCAACCUACUUCCAUGUGUCCACUGGACACCUAAACGCUUCAGACAAAACAACAUGCAACCACACAAUGGGGAAUCUGGUGUUUAUCUGGAGGAAAUUUUCUUUGGGGGGGUUAUGGCUGGCAUUUUUUACAAAGAGGCAGGAUUGGAUCUCUCAAAGAUAAGGAGAUUGCAGGUGUAUAACAUGGAGGUAUGGUAUUGCCUUGAUGGUGAAAACAGGAACAUUUUGGAACAGUUUCUUGAGAACAUUGAUUUCAGGACAAUACCAGUCAAUGCAGAAGCCCCUUUGUUCAAAGGGUUUGGGACAUCAACUGAGCCUCCAACUUGCCCUCCUGCACCACCACUUCACAACAUUGAAACAUGGAAACAUGGAUGUCAACAUGUGGAUAUGUCUGCACCACACAGUGUUGCUUCCUCCAUCAGAGUUGAUGCUGAAAACUUAAUUGGUCUGGGGAUUAAUGGUAUCCAAGGAUUGGAAGAGGGGGAAAGUAGAUCUUAUAUCACAAAUUGCUUCCAAGACUGA